AUCUCACCCUCCCAACUCGCCUCUCACUACCACACACACCACACACCACACUCCACAAACAUGGUAGCCGACCCCGUGCGCGCGUCCACCCGGGUCUCGAUCGCGUGGUCCGGCGCCCCGGCCGCCGAGGACACGGACACGCUCGUGCUCACGAUCAACGGGUACAGCCUCGACCUGCGCGUCGUGCUCCCUGGCUUCGAGGGCGCGGGGGGCAUCGAUUGGGGCACGGUGGGGCUUGUUGUUGAGCUCGAGGGGAGCACGCCGGCCAAACCCCUCCUGCGGUGGGACAACAUCCUCGACUCGCACCCUCCCCCGCCAGCGGACCUCGAACCCCUCGAAGACGUCGGCGCGUUUUCUUCCCUGCCGAACGGGGACGUGCUCGAAACAGGGGCCAUGUUCAACCCCAAGAGCGGCAAGAACGAGUCAUACGAGGAGGUCUGGCGGCGCCUCCCGGUCGAACAAGGCGCAGAGUACUUUGUCCUCGAGCGCGGGGACGGGCAGGCGUUCCUCGGGCGCGUGGGCUCGCUCGCGCUCGGCGCGGCGAAGGGCAAGGAUGGAGAGUAUGUCGCGUGGCGCGACGAGCUGGUCGAUGGCCAGUGGAAGCGCAAGUAUGCUUUUGGUGACGCGCUGGACGCUGCCAUCCCUGGCGCGCUCGUCGAGGUGCCCUUCGAGUGGGUGCCCGGCGCUACGGUCCAGUUCGGGGGCCACGACUGGAAAGUCCGCACGGCUGGCAGUGUUUAGCUACAUAAAUGCAUAGGAGUACAAGCG